AUGUACGACGAUGCCUUUCUCGAGCGUUUGGUGAAUGCGUGGGGGUUUAGCGAAAGAUUCCGCAGGCUGGCUGUGGACUUGACGCCUGAUGUAGACUCUCAUCAAAUUCAAGAAGUGGAGAAGGCCAUACAAGAAGUGGCAGCAGGAGUUUGGGGCGAAGGAAACACCCUUGAGCUCAUCGGUUCCACCCGCCUCGGCACAGCCAUCCGGAAGAGAUGUGGGCAGAGCGACCGGGAUUACACACUUUCAAUCCAUGGUGCUACAGUGACCUCACAGGAAUGGAAGGAAUUUGCCAAGUACCUGGCAGAGGACGCACGGUUUCGACAGGUGUCUGUGGGCAGAAGGGCUAAAAAGCUCCAGGACCAAAAGCUGCAGUUGGAGUGGGAAGUUAUUCCAGCUGAUGGGCACUUUAGUUUUGAUUUGGUGACCUUUCCCACUUUGGAGGGUACAACAAAAGCACCGCGGAAAGGAACAGAUUGUGGUUCGAAUAUUUUGAAACAACAUAUCCUGGGGCGAAGAAUGCAGUGA